ACUUGCGCUUUAUUUACUUACCAUUUAGCAUUAUAAUCAUAAAAUCAUCAACAGUGUAUUAUUUCCGUGUUCGCAUGCACGAGCGAACAAUAUUUAUAUUUAAAAAUGACGACACAUGAUUAUGAAGUUAUUUUUACUUUUAUUUGUAGGUUACUUUCUCUGUAUCUCCCUCCACUAGACAAAGAAGAAUAUUUUAAUCAUUCGCAAGUUAAAACUGCAGUAUGUCAUUUAAAUAAACACCUAGCGUACGUAUAAAAUGUACACGCGAAACGUUUUCCUUAACUGCUUUCUGUUUUUCUGUUUCACACUGAGCGUGUUUGUGUUUUUGUUAUGUUUCGAUUUUAAGCCAGUGAAUCAUUAUAAACUAGAAAAAGUGGUGUUACUGAGCCGUCACAAUUUAAGAACGCCUCUGUCGAAAAGCCUAAAAAAGUUAACACCACAAACAUGGCCACAAUGGAAAGAGAGUCCUGGAUAUUUGACAGAAAAAGGAUUUAUAUUAGAAGGCUAUAUGGGAACGUUUUUCUAUAAUUGGCUGUCUAAAGAGGGUCUUCUCUCUACUAGCUGUCCGGAUGAAAACCAAUUUUAUGUCUAUGCAAAUAAUGUUCAAAGAACAAUGGCAUCGGCCCAAGCUUUUGUGACAAAUGCAUUUCCCACUUGCAAUGUGAGUGUGCAUCACUCAAAAGAUAGUUAUGAUCCUAUAUUCAGUCCAUACAUUCACAAUGAUACAGAAAUCUUUAAGAAACUAGCUCUGAAUGAAAUGAAUGCUAUAUUACAAAAUCUGGACUUAAAAAGUGCUUAUAAAAGUCUAGAGCAUAUUUUAAAUUAUCAAUCAUCUGAUCUUUGUAAACUGGAGAAGAAGUGUAACAUGCAAAGUGAAGAAAAUAUAAUAAAUAUUACUGUAGGAGCGAAGCCAUUACUCAAAGGGCCACUGAAACUCGGCAAUGAAGCGAUAGAUGCAUUUUUUAUGGAGUAUUACAGUGGGUUUUCUUUAGACCGUGUUGCGUGGGGUCAGUUAUUACACACAAAUGAAUGGCAGAGAAUUCUGCCCAUAUUACAAAGCUAUCACAAUGUUAUUUUCAAUACCAGUAUAGUUGCCAAGGAUAUAAGCUUUCCACUUCUUAAAUAUAUGGCCCAUAUACUGACAAAAGAUGAUCCAAAAAUAACCCUACUUAUGGGUCAUGAUGCAAAUAUCAAUGUUGUAUUGAAUACAAUGGAAUUUAAACCUUUUGUGUUAGAUCAUGAGUUUGUUAAUACUCCAAUUGGCGGGAAGAUGGUUUUCCAAAAAUGGUUUGACACUCAUAAUAAGGAGUAUUUGUUAAAAAUUCAAUAUGUUUAUCAAAGUGCUGAACAGCUGAGGAACGCAACGGUUUUAAAUGAUGAAAAUCCGCCACGAUUUACUGUGUUAGAAUUAAAGAAAUGUCCAGUGAAUGAAGAUGGGUUUUGUUCGUGGGAUUUGUUUGUAGAUUUUUUAAAAAGUAUUGAUAUUGAGAAAGCUGCCAAAGGCUUUUGGAUAAAAGAUCGAAGAGUGCCCCCAGAAAUUCUUGGAACCACUUAUGCAGAAUAUUGCGAUCUCAUCAACAGAAUGUACGACGCCUACCUCAAUAGUGUCCACUUGCAGAGAGCACCCUAUAUCAUAGCCAUAAUUAAUGUUCUUAUGAAACGUAUGUACGAGCUACGAAACGAAUUAGUUAAUUUAAUAGUGAAUGACUAUAUUUAUGUCGAUCAGGCUUUGAUAAAUACUCGACGGACACCUUUUGAUAUUCAGAUAGUUAUACCUUACCAUUUACCAUUGGAAUGUAGGGAGGACUCGAUGGAGCAAUUACUACAAAAGAUGUGGACGGAUGCUAUUGAAAGGAAGAAGGCACCGCCGAAUAAGGCUCCCGUUUCACCUAAUGUCUUUGACGGGGAUUUCCCUAUAGAAGAUUGUGCGCCUACUUUUAUAUCAGAGCAACUAGUACUAAAAGAUGAGAGUAUCCACACAAUAUAUUCUGAAGAGUUUCUUCAAGCACUCAUAAUACAAAGACAAGAAAGAUAUAGACAGUUUUUCGUUGAAGAUUUUAGAUCUAAAUGCAGAAGAAGGCGGCUAUAUUUUGCCGAUUCCACACAGGAGGCACCAAUAUAUUUAAAACGUGCGGCGGCCAUGUUGAUUCAGAAAGUUUAUCGGAAAUAUAUGGAUAUCAAAAGGCAGCGCAUCCUAGAACAUAGAAGAGAUGUAUUAUUGGGCUUGGUGCCGGAUCCAUUCCAAGCGCACUUGAAUUUCGAAGAAGAAAAUAAUUUGAUGUACGAAAGGAAACGGAAUAUUCGUAUUAAAAUAAGAGAAGCGUACAUGAAAGAUUUUAACCAAGAGCAGACGAGGAUUGUGGUUUUCAAAAGGGACAAUCAAAUAGACGAUAUAACAGAUCAAAUAAGAACGUGGUUCAAGGAAUGGUAUUAUGGAUAUGGGUUUUUCCCCGACUAUCCAUACGAAAUAGAAGGGGGCACUGUCAUGGUGAUCCGCGGUGACUACCCCUCCAUCGCUGAGAAAGUUGAAGAAGACGAGAAAUAUAACGCCAGUGUAAAGGGAAAAACAAAGGAGAUGUUAAAAGCGGAGAAAAAGCAAGCAAAAUUAGACGCGUUGUUGAAAGAGGAAGCGGAUAGAGAACAGAAGAAGAAAGAAGAGGAGCAGCUGUUUAAGCUGAAGUGUAACCCCCAAUCGGACCCGGGGUAUAUGCCGCAGACGUCGCAACAUAUGGGAGAAAUAGUGGAAGCUCUGCAAAGGUAUCAGGCGGCGUGGUCUAUAUACGACGAUUUCCCCCCCUCGCAAUGCCCCGACGCCUUCUUUGGUUACAUGGAGACCAUCAUGACGGAAGACGUUAUGGGAAAACUGCACGUGGACUGCAGGAAAUACGUCGAUGAGCUAAUGAGAUUGGAUUUAAAGUUGUUGAUAAAAGCACAGCAGCAGAUGUACAAGGACGUGGGUUGGAAGUUUCCGAAGCUCAGAGCAAGGAAGAAGCCGAAAGCGCCAGCGGUGCCAAAGCCUCUUAAAAUUGAUAGCGCCUUGAUGGAAGGUUUUGAGGCGCUUUUUGAUCAUGACCUUAUCUCUAAACCGACUUGCAAAAUAAAGGAUAUUGUGGGUGAUAUGAAAUAUGGAGUCUAUGAAUGUAAUUUGAAAGAUCCAGAUGCUAGAAUUCGCAGUAUGCCAAGAGAUUACUGUGUGCAAGCCCUUGCGCAGGUGUUGCAAGGCUACGGCUUCGGUUUGAUCACAGAACUGUUUGACAAAGUGAUGAAUGCGGAAAGGGUUGUUAGAUUGAAUGUCACACCGCUGUCAGCUGCUGAGUUUUUAGGACCUUUGAUAGAAAUGGGUGUCGAAGCUACAAGCGAGGCAGAUUACCAAGAAUAUGUCAAUUUCUUCAUCACCAACUCACCCUUGGCCACGAAGAGGCAGAAGUACGAGGUAAUGAAUCAAGUGAGAGCCGCGUUUUAUGAGAAAAUGGAAAAGAAGAAGGAGAAAGAAAAAUCAUAA